AGCAAUGAAUGACAUUGGGGACUACGUGGGCUCCAACCUGGAGAUAUCCUGGCUGCCCAACCUGGACGGCCUGAUGGAGGGCUAUGCCCGCAACUUCCGGCCAGGCAUUGGAGGGCCCCCCGUGAACGUGGCGCUCGCCCUGGAGGUGGCCAGCAUUGACCACAUCUCAGAGGCGAACAUGGAGUACACGAUGACCGUGUUUCUGCACCAGAGCUGGAGGGACAGCAGGCUCGCCUACAAUCACACCAACGAGACCCUGGGCCUGGACAGCCGCUUCGUGGACAAGCUGUGGCUCCCGGACACGUUCAUCGUGAAUGCCAAGUCUGCCUGGUUCCACGACGUGACGGUGGAGAACAAGCUGAUCCGGCUGCAGCCUGACGGCGUCAUCCUGUACAGCAUCCGAAUCACCUCCACGGUGGCCUGCGACAUGGACCUGGCCAAGUACCCCAUGGACGAGCAGGAGUGCAUGCUGGACCUGGAGAGCUACGGCUACUCUUCCGAGGACAUCGUCUACUACUGGUCGGAGAACCAGGAGCAGAUCCACGGGCUGGACCGGCUGCAGCUGGCGCAGUUCACCAUCACCAGCUACCGCUUCACCACAGAGCUCAUGAACUUCAAGUCGGCUGGCCGGUUCCCCCGGCUCAGCCUGCACUUCCACCUGCGGAGGAACCGGGGUGUCUACAUCAUCCAGUCCUACAUGCCCUCUGUCCUCCUGGUCGCCAUGUCCUGGGUCUCCUUCUGGAUUAGUCAGGCAGCAGUGCCCGCCAGGGUGUCUCUAGGUAUCACCACCGUGCUGACGAUGACCACACUGAUGGUCAGUGCCCGCUCCUCCCUCCCACGGGCCUCGGCAAUCAAGGCACUGGACGUGUACUUCUGGAUCUGCUACGUGUUCGUGUUUGCGGCUCUGGUGGAAUAUGCCUUUGCCCACUUCAAUGCCGACUACAGGAAGAAGCGCAAGGCCAAGGUCAAGGUCACAAAGCCUCGAGCAGAGAUGGACGUGAGGAACGCCAUCGUCCUCUUCUCUCUCUCCGCCGCUGGGGUCACCCAGGAGCUGGCGGUCUCCCGCCGCCAGUGUCGUGUCCCUGGGAACCUCAUGGGCUCCUACAGGUCGGUGGAGGUGGAGACAGGGGAGAUGAGGAAGGAGGGGGCACCAGGGGGCCGCGGGGGCAUCCGAGGCCGGUUCAAGCCCAUCGAUGCAGACACCAUCGACAUCUACGCCCGGGCUGUGUUCCCUGCGGCAUUCGCGGCUGUCAACGUCAUCUACUGGGCAGCCUACGCCUUGUGAGGGCAGGUGGUGGCCUGGAAACAGCCAGGAGAAGGACGCACCCCGUGCCCACUUCAAGGUGGAUGGCCAGAUGAGAGAGGAAGCCCUGGCCUGAGCUUUGCCACGCCCCCUGCCCGCAAGAGCAGCCCGUGCCCUGCAGACCCAGCAGCUCUGUGCCAGGGGCAGAGCAGGAGCGGCUGUCCCCGGGGAGCGGUGCAUUUUUAGACUCAGACCGAUCAGAUUUCUAGGCCUUUGCUCUGUGGGAUCAGAGAGCAGGAGGCAGCGGGGGCGGCGGCAUCCUCGGGCCUCUUUGGUCCCAGCAUGAAAUAAAGCCUUGACCUGG